AUGAUUCAAACAGAUUCAACAUCUAUGGCAAACACAAAAGAAAGAUAUGCGGUUGUUACAGGAUCAAAUAAAGGGAUAGGAUUGGAAACUGUUAAGAGAUUAGCUUCAAAUGGAGUCAAAGUUGUUCUUACAGCUAGAAAUCAGAAAAGGGGUGUUCAAGCUUUUGAGAAAUUGAAGAAAGAUUUUGGGUUUUGUUGUAAUCUUGUUGUUUUUCAUCAACUUGAUGUUACUGACCCUUUUAGUAUUUCAUCAUUGGUUGAGUUUGUUAAGACUCAGUUUGGAAGACUUGAUAUCUUGGUGAAUAAUGCCGGAAUCAAUGGUUUCAAUGCAGAUGAGAUGAUUGAACCGAUUAUUAAUUGGAGGGAAUUGAGUCAAACUUACGAGAUGGCUGAAAAAUGCAUAAUAACAAAUUACUACGGCGCUAAAGAAACUACCGAGGCUUUUCUUCCUCUUCUAAAGUUAUCCGAUUCACCAGUGGUCGUUAAUGUUUCCUCUACGGCAGGCCUAUUAAAGUACAUAUCAAAUGAUUGGGCUAAGAGUGUGUUAGACGAUACCGAAAAUCUCACCGAAGAGCUAAUAGACGAAGUACUAAAAGAGUUUCUGAAAGACUUCAAACAAGAUUCACUUGAAAACAAUGGUUGGCCGACGUAUCUUUCGGCCUACAAACUCUCGAAAGCAGCUGUGAAUUCCUACACAAGACUUCUGGCUUAUAGAUAUCCAAACUUGUGUAUUAAUUGUGUUUGUCCUGGUUUUGUUAAAACAGAUAUGAAUAGAAACACAGGUGUGUUAAGUGUUGAAAAUGGUGCUGCUAGUGUUGUGAGAUUAGCAUUAGUUUCUAAUGGUUCAAGUUCUGGUCACUUUUUUGCUAGCCAAGAUUUGUCUAGUUUUUGA